CCUUUCAUCUCUUUUUCUCUAUCUUCUCGUAAGAAACGUAAUUUACAGAAAAGUUAAAUAUUCCGAUGGAAAUUAAAGCUUUUCUUUCAAUUUCCUGAGAAACCCAAAUGCAAUGGAAGCUUUAAAUGCAUCAAGCUUAACCCCAGUUUCAGUUCUUUCUGAUAGAAGAACGAAACCCCGAAAAGCUUCAUCACUACUUUCAAUUCCUCAACUUAGUUUCUUAAAAUCUUCUACUCCUAAUGCUUCUUCUGCAUUAUCAAAAAGUUUGAAUAGAGGUUUAGUUGCAUUAUCUUCUGUUCUUAGUAGUGGGUUUGCAAAAGCACUUACAUACGAAGAAGCUUUACAACAAUCUGUAAGCACAGACAAUUCUGAUAUAGAUUUUGAUAUCGUUGACAAUGCUGUUAAAUUUGUUACAGAAAACCCAGCAAUUAUAAUUGGCGGAUUUGCACUUUUAGGACUUCCAUUAGUAUUAUCUCAAGUGUUCAGUAAGAAACCCAAGGCAUGGGGUCUUGAAUCUGCAAAAAAUUCCUACUCAAAAUUAGCCGAAGAUGGAAAUGCUCAAUUACUCGAUAUUAGAGCAGCAGCUGAAAUUAAGAAAAUGGGUAGUCCGGAUAUUAGAGGAUUGAAGAAAAAACCAGUUUCUAUUGUAUACAGAGGUGAUGACAAACCAGGGUUCUUGAAGAAAUUGUCUUUAAAGUUCAAGGAACCAGAGAAUACUACGUUGCUCAUUCUUGACAAGUUUGAUGGAAACUCUGAACUGGUUGCGGAAUUGGUAACUGUCAAUGGUUUCAAAGCUGCUUACGCAAUAAAAGAUGGUGCAGAAGGAACUCGAGGAUGGAUGAGUAGUGGGCUUCCUUGGAUAGAGCCGAAGAAGACACUAAGUUUUGAAUUUGGUAGUUUGACAGAAUCAUUCAGUGGUGCACUUGGAGAGACUUCUGAGGCUUUGUCACUCGCCCUUGGAGUUGCAGCAGCUACUGGACUAGGUCUAUUGGCAUUUACAGAGGUAGAAACAAUACUCCAACUUCUUGGUUCUGCAGCGCUCGUUCAGUUUGUCAGCAAGAAGCUUCUAUUUGCUGAAAACCGAAAGGAAACCCUUCAACAAGUUGAUGAGUUCUUGACCACAAAGGUUGCUCCUAAGGAGCUUGUUGGUGAAAUACAGCAAAUCGGAUUGUCUUUUCUACCGUCCUCCAUUAGUAAGAAAGCUUUACCAGCACCUGAAGAAGUUCCAAAUACUGAUGUUACUAGCAACGUGCUUAAAACUGAAAAGGACCUACAACUGAAACCCGAGGCACCUGCAGAGGGUAAUUCCAUCCCCAAAACUGAAUUUAAAGCAGAAGCAGAAUUAGAGGCACCAACCCAAAGUAAUUCCGCCGCCAAAACUGAUGCUAAAGCAGAACCAACUCUUCGAUUUCCAAGACCACUUUCUCCAUACGCAUCCUAUCCAGAUUUGAAACCUCCAACAUCUCCUUCCCCAUCACAGCCUUGAAAGUCUCAUCAACAACAAACGUGUCUUUGGGAUUUUUCUGUGGACAAAUGAGAUACGUAUUAGGAAGAUCGCGCCGUAAGAUGUGUUGUAUAUGUUCGUGUAAGGGAAGCUCAAGCUAAGAAGAUGGAACAAAAUAGAGUUUGUGUUGCGUUUGAACAAAUUUUAUAACUAUAUUUUGCUACUCCCCUUAUCUCUUGUCGGCACUUUUGGCUUAGUUUGGUAUUGCUGUGUUUUUUUUAAAAUCACUUUUCUGUUGUGCGUUAUUAUGCUGUGCUGUGUAAUAAAAGCAGUAAAAAGUUUGGUAAAAUACAAAUUAAAGCUAAAGAUAAUUUAAAAUGCGAUCAAGUCGUAUUUGGUAAAAUAUUA